AUGGCUUCCAAGGCUGCACCGCCGACCGGCGCCCGCCCCAAUCACACGCUAUACUGCUCCAACUUGCCCGACAAGCUCCAGAAGGAUGACCUCAAACGCGCAUUGUACAUGCUCUUCUCCGUCUAUGGCUCCAUCCUCGACAUUGUCGCCAUGAAGACCAACAAGAUGCGCGGUCAAGCUCACGUCUUGUUUCGCGAUGUCUCGUCCAGCACUCAAGCUAUGCGAUCCCUCCAAGGCUUCGAAUUCUUCGGCAAAGAAAUGAAAAUCACUUAUUCGUCAACCAAGUCCGACACGCUUGCGAAACUCGAUGGUACCUACAAACAACCUCCUCCUGCCGAGACCCCUGCUGCCGCGCAGCCAAACAGUCUGCAGCAGUCCAUCUUUUCCGGCGCUCCAGGCGCAUCUACUGCGCCUGGCGCGACGGCCCCAUUGGCUCCGCCGCCUGCGCUUGACUCGACUGUCAGCGCACCAGGCCAGACUGCUGGUGUGAAGCGCCCCAGAGAUGAAAGUGAUGACGACAAAGAGGAAGAGGCUCCUAUGGACAUGGACGAUGAAGCCAUGGAGGAAAGUGACGACGAGUAG